AGGUACCGCACUUGACCAAUGAAGAAGCCAUGUGGCAGAAAAUACACAAAAAAAAUAAAUAAAAUAAAAUAAUCUAGUUCUUGGAAGCUUAAUAAAAAUAUUAUAACAGAAGCAAUAAAUCUAAGCCAAUCAAAUUACGCACUACGGAUUGCUAAAGUUUGUUUAUUUAAAAUUUCUUACUCCAUCUUCUUCUUCUUUUUUAAAUUUCUUUUCCGCAAUAUAAAAAUUUUGGAGGAAGGUGUCGGAUCGUCCGUUGCCCCCGGCACAUGCCAAGGAUCGUUAACCGCUUCAAACGAGCCAAGUGAAACGCGAUGGGAAACGGUUUCGACCAGGGGAAUCGCUCGUGAAAGGAAAAUGCUUAUUAUAUUCUCCACUUAACUGGGAAUCGCGUUGAGGAGAUCUGUAUAAAAGAGAGAGGUGCGGGGAAGGUGCGUGUCUCGCCCAGUUCAUCGCCACGUUGUAGAAAAAUGACUGAAGAGGCUUCACAAAAACGGGCAGUCCCACGGCUAAAUGAAAGGAUUCUUUCAUCCCUGUCUCGAAGAUCUGUAGCUGCACAUCCUUGGCAUGAUCUUGAGAUAGGUCCUGGAGCUCCCUCUGUUUUCAAUGUUGUUGUGGAGAUAACAAAAGGAAGUAAAGUCAAAUAUGAGCUUGACAAGAAAACUGGCCUGAUCAAGGUUGACAGGAUUCUGUACUCGUCAGUGGUCUAUCCUCACAACUAUGGUUUCAUACCACGAACACUCUGUGAAGAUGGUGACCCUAUGGAUGUUUUGGUCCUGAUGCAGGAACCAGUCGUUCCCGGUUGUUUUCUUCGUGCAAGGGCCAUAGGCCUUAUGCCUAUGAUUGAUCAGGGUGAGAAAGAUGAUAAGAUAAUUGCAGUCUGUGCUGAUGAUCCGGAAUACCGCCACUACAACAACCUUAACGAGCUCUCUCCUCACCGACUUGCUGAAAUUCGUCGCUUCUUUGAGGACUACAAAAAGAACGAGAACAAAGAGGUUGCUGUCAAUGAGUUCUUGCCUGCGAUCACUGCCCAGGAAGCUAUUCAGCUCUCCAUGGAUCUGUAUGCGGACUAUAUCUUGCACAAUCUCAGGCGCUAGACUGGGUCGGUUCUUUGAUAACUGAGACUUUGGAAGGCUAAUUAAUACUUCUGCUCAGUUUACCUUGAUUUUGAACUAUUUUGAUUUUUGCUGUAUCAGAUAUGUGUAGUAUUAUCCAAAUUCUAGCUUCCUUCUGAAACUGUUGUCAGAUCAUGGAAGCUCGUGUUUUUCAUAUUUAAGUACUGAUCUAUUGAAUGCAGUUUGCAUUGGCUCUUUUAAAACGAGUUUCCUCACGAAAGAUCUACUGUGGACCAGAUGUUUUAUUUUCCUUGUAAUAUUGAUAUGGCAAAGCGAGGAUUCUUCUGUG